CAGCACUCAGGCAUUGCCUCUAAUUCUCUUCUUGAAUACUCAGCCACUCCAAAUGUUCAUUUUCCAAUGUUGGAAGGUGAACCGAAAGAAAAUGCCACUUCAGUUGUGCCAAUCAGUACGGAGACAAGCAUUUUGGCUGUUGAAAAUGUUCAGGGAGAAAAAAUUAAUUUACAGGACGUUGGGGAAAAUCAUCAGAAGAGAGUUUGUGUGCAAAGAUCUCCAGAUUGUGUCAUUCCUAAAACUUCAAAGGACCAGUCCUCCUUUUUUCCCCGAUCAAAGCCAUUUACUUCUUCAUCCCGUUCAUUAAAACCUCGAACCUGGCUUCGAACAGGUAAUAAUUAUCCUGGUUCUUUUUCUGGAAGCAAGCCUUCGUUGAUAACUAGUCCUCCUAACAAGUUAAUUCCACAAAUGAAAGGGAACACUCAAAAUACUCUUUAUACCCGUAAGGGUAACAGUCUUGUUCGGAAAGUUAUCCCUGUUUCUGCUUCAACAUCAACAUCCGUUGCUAACCAGUCACCAUCUUUGGGCUUUGACAACUUUGGAAAGAGCAUCAGAUCUGAAUGCAUGGUUAAUGUUCCAGGUCAACCAGGUGCUUUGAAAACUGGAGUAAAUGAUGUUCCUUUGAAGGGUCACAUAAUACUUCCACUACCCACUGACACCAAAUUGGAGAGUGGAUCUUCCCCAUUUACAGAGAAUCUUACACUUGGUUGCUCUGAAUUUGCAGCUGAUCCUAAGAAUGUUGGAGAAACUAAUGAUGCCGCAAAAUCUUAUGAGGAAUUGUGCAAAUAUUCUGAAACAUACGAAAAUCAAAUUGGUUCAGACAAUCGUGGGGCUGGCCAAGUUGAGAUUUCUUCUUCAAUUGCAAAGAGAAUAGUAUAUAUGAAGCCCAAGUCAAAUAAAUUAGUUGCAUCUUUGGAUUCUAGUAAUCUCUCUGUCUCUACUGAUGGCAAGACUCAAACAGCAUACUCCAAUGGCUACUACAAGAAGAGCAAAAAUCAGAUAAUAAGGACUUCAUUUGUUAGUCAUAUCAGCCCAACAGUUACAAUGCAAGAUAGUAAUGUAAAUUCUGAUGGUCCAUCGGAUUCUAAAGAGAUUUGCAGCAGGUUUACAAAGAAGUGGUCGCAAAAAGUUGCUGGGACCUUGUGCAAACCUUUAAAAGCCCCACUUGUUGGGACCCUUUCAUCAAAAAACAACACUGGCUCAGGGCAUUAUCGGAAGAUUUUGCCUCACUUUUUUCAAUGGAAAAGAUCAACAUUUCGAAGAAGAUUUGUUCACAAUCGUGAUUUAAGCUCCAAUUCUACUCCCUCAUCAGCAAACAGCAAGAAAUUGCUUCUUUUAAGGAAGAGGGAUGCUGUUUACACUAGAUCAACCCAUGGGUUUUCUCAUUGGAAACCUAAGGUAUUACAUGCUGGUGGAUCCAUAAAAGGGUCCAAAUUUGCUGGCAGGCACUCUGAGAAGGUUAAUGAGGAAGCACUUGCUGUUGCUGUGUUGGAGAGGAAAACAAGAGAACAGAAAGAUGUUGCUUGUAACAGUUCUCAGGCAAAAGGCUUGGCUGCCAAAGAAGGUUCCAUCCAACGAAGAUUAGUGAUUGGGGAAAAUGUGUAUUUCCAAAUUGGCAAAGGUAAUCAGCUUAUUAGGGACCCAAAGAAUCGGACUCGGAUUUUGGCUAAUGAAAAAGUUAGAUGGAGUCUGCACACUGCUAGACAGCGCCUUGCACGAAAGCAGAAGUACUGUCAGUUUUUUACCAGAUUUGGGAAAUGUAACAAGGAUGAUGGGAAGUGUCCUUAUAUUCAUGAUCCCUCAAAAGUUGUUGUCUGCACUAAGUUUCUAAAUGGUUUAUGUUCUAAUGGCAACUGCAAAUUGACUCAUAAGGUUAUUCCGGAGAGAAUGCCAGAUUGUUCUUAUUUUUUGCAAGGUUUAUGCACAAACAGAAGUUGUCCUUACAGACAUGUCAAUGUGAAUCCUAAGGCUUCUAUUUGUGGAGAAUUUCUCAGGGGCUAUUGUGCCGAUGGAAAUGAGUGUCGGAAGAAGCAUAGCUAUGUCUGUCCAACCUUCGAAGCAAUGGGAAACUGCGAAGAAGGAACCAAAUGCAAGCUUCAUCACCCGAAGAAACUGAGUAAGGAAAAGAAAAGGAAGAGGUCCAGAGAUGAGAAUGUUGGUAGACGGCGUUACUUUGGUUCCGUUCUCACUGAUAUCAAAGAAACUGGGUUAAUGGUGGCUCAAAGGCAAUGGCAACAGAGUCAUGACAAAGACGGAGAUGUUGCUGACUAUAUCGGCUUCGAAGUUGAAGAAAGUGUUGAUCAACCAUAUGAACAGGCAACACCAUGUAACAAUGAUAUUUGGGACUUGCAAUUGGACAAUCUUGAUGAACCUAUUAGACCUGUUCUUACGUUGAAAAACAUUUUUAUGGCUCAAUCAUCUUCAGUCUAGUA